UCCCAUUAGCAGCGCAAAUUCGAAGCGGCGGCCGGGGCAGCAGCGGCUGCUACGGCGGAGGCUCUGCGCGCCCCAGUCCUGCCUCCCUAGCGGGAGCCCGAACCUCACGGCAUAGCCUCAACCGCACCCAGGCUUCGUCUGUCUUUUCAAGCUCUUCAUGUUACCCAGCUAAAAGAAGAAAAUGGGCACCGGGGAUUUUAUCUGCAUUUCCAUGACCGGAGGGGCGCCCUGGGGCUUCAGACUGCAAGGUGGCAAGGAGCAGCAGCAGCCCUUACAAGUUGCUAAGAUCCGAAGCCAGAGCAAAGCCUCCGGGUCUGGGCUCUGUGAGGGGGAUGAAGUGGUUUCUAUCAAUGGCAGUCCUUGUGCAGACCUCACCCACCCAGAAGUCGUCAAGCUCAUGGAGAGCAUAACAGACUCUCUCCAAAUGCUCGUCAAAAGACCAUCCAGUGGAAUAAGUGAGACUUUGAACUCUGAAACUGAAAACAAAAACCACGAGCGUCUCAUCCAUGAAGGGUACGUGGAAAGUACCACCCUACAGAUUCGACCAGCCACAAAGAGCCAGUACAGGGAGUUCUACAUCGCCCAGGUCAAGAGUGGAGCUCCCCUAGCUGAGGACCAAGCAAGUGGUGCUGGUUUUUCUGGGAGCAUAAAAGAAGAAACAGGCCUGGCUCCUCACACGUAUGACUCUAAAAGUGGACGCUUACCAGAGGAGGUUAUCUUAAGGGAGAAGGCAGAAGCGGGGCGGCCAGGCACUGUGGUUGAGCUACAACUGUCCCUUUCACAAGAGAGACACAAGCGCACGAGUGCCCCUGUAGUGGCUCUCCUGGGAACUGAAAAAUCUGAGCCUCCUGACCAAGAUCCUAAUUUACAGCAUGACGGGAUCGUCCACAUAAAUUCUGUCCCCACUAAUGAGAAAGGGGAGCCUUGUCUGAGGUCCAGCAAGAUAAUCCAGAUCUCCAGUGGCCAAGAGUUGAGAGUGAUCCAGGGAAGUGAAGCAGGAGACACCGGGCUGCCCCGAGUGGAAGUGAUCUUCGACUGCUCUGAUAGGCAGAAGACGGAAGGGAGCAGGCUUCAGGCAGGAAAGGGGUGUGUGGAUUCUCCAGUGGAAGGAGGGCAGUCAGAAGCACCUCCUUCUCUGGUAUCCUUUGCAGUCUCAUCAGAAGGCACAGAGCAGGGAGAAGAUCCACGCUCAGAAAGGGAUCACAGCAGACCUCACAAGCACAGAGCACGCCACGCACGGCUCAGGAGGAGUGAAAGCCUAUCAGAAAAGCAGGUGAAAGAAGCAAAAUCUAAAUGCAAAAGCAUUGCGCUCCUUCUGACAGAUGCCCCCAACCCCAACUCCAAGGGGGUGUUGAUGUUUAAGAAGCGCCGUCGGAGGGCCAGGAAAUACACCCUAGUCAGUUACGGGACUGGUGAACUUGAUCGAGAGGCAGAGGAGGAGGAGGAAGAAGGCGACAAAGAGGAUACAUGUGAAGUAGCAUUUCUGGGUGCAAGCGAAUCCGAGGUGGAGGAAGAGUUGUUGUCUGACACUGACGACAACACACAAGUUGUGAACUUUGACUGGGAUUCUGGACUAGUGGACAUUGAAAAGAAACUGAGCAGAGGGGACAAGAUGGAGAUGUUGCCAGACACCACAGGCAAGGGGGCCCUCAUGUUUGCUAAGAGGAGGGAGAGAAUGGAUCAGAUCACAGCCCAAAAAGAGGAGGAGAGGGUGAGUGGAAUGCCAAGCAGAGAACCAGAUGCUGCCCAGAUGGAUGGCCUGAGAACCAUGAUAUCUUACCAAAGGAAGGAAGAAGAAUCGGUGAGAGUGCAGAGAUCUGCGAGCAAAAGCUACAUCGAGGUGAGCCAUGGCCUUGGCCAUGUGCCCCAACAGAAUGGCUUCACUGGGUUGUCCGAGACAGCAGAGGCUCAGAGGAUGAUCCCUAUGAAUAGAACGGCCAAACCCUUCCCGGGGUCCGUGAACCAGCCAGCAACCCCAUUCUCUCCAACGCGAAACAUGACCAGUCCCAUUGCUGACUUUCCUGCGCCUCCACCUUAUUCUGCAGUCACACCCCCACCUGAAACCUUCUCCAGAGCAGUGUCAAGUCCGACAGCUGGCCCAGCACAGCUCCCUCCGUGGCCCCAGCCUGGCCCAUGGUCCCAGCCAGCCUUUUACGAUUCAUCUGAACAAAUAGCUUCCCGGGAUGAAAGGAUCGCGGUGCCAGCAAAAAGAACAGGAAUAUUGCAGGAGGCCAAAAGGAGAAGCACGACAAAACCCAUGUUCACUUUUAAAGAGCCCAAAGUAAGCCCAAAUCCUGAACUCUUGUCACUUCUUCAAAAUUCGGAAGGCAAAAAGGGCACUGGGGCAGGAGGAGAUUCCGGACCAGAAGAAGACUACCUCAGUUUAGGAGCAGAGGCUUGUAAUUUCAUGCAAAGCCCCACUGCAAAACAAAAGACCCCACCUCCUGUCGCUCCAAAGCCUUCUGUCAAGUCCUCAUCCUCCCAACCAGUAACUCCAGUUUCUCCAGUCUGGUCGCCAGGAGUGGCUCCAGCCCAACCUCCUGCCUUCCCCACAUCCAACCCAUCACAUGGCACCGUUGUUUCCUCCAUCAAAAUAGCGCAGCCUUCUUACCCUACUGCCCGGCCUGCUAGUGCUCUGAGCCUGGCUGGUCCCUUCAAAGGACCACAAGCAUCGGUAGCCAGUCUGAACUACACUCCCAAACCAUCAGCUCCCACACCAACGGUAAACACUGCUCAUACUGGCGCAAUGGGACCAUCCAAUGAGCUUCCAGGAAUGAGUGGGAAAGGAGCCCAGCUCUUUGCUAAAAGGCAGUCGAGGAUGAAAAAGUACGUGGUAGAUUCAGACACCGUGCAAGCCCAUGCUGCCCGUGCUCAGUCUCCCACUCCAUCUCUCCCGGCCGGCUGGAAGUACUCCUCCAAUGUCCGAGCACCUCCUCCUGUGGCCUACAAUCCCAUCCACUCCCCCUCGUACCCACUGGCUGCUGUCAAGUCCCAGCCAUCAGCCCCACAGGCCUCCAAAUCAAGCAAGAAAAAGGGCAAGAAACCCCUUAAUGCUUUGGAUGUCAUGAAGCACCAACCUUAUCAGUUAAAUGCAUCCUUGUUUACUUUCCAACCUCCAGAUGCAAAGGAUGGCCUCCCUGCAAAGUCAUCAGUCAAGGUCAGUUCACUGCCAGCCAUGAAGCAAGCUAUUCCUCCUCGGCCAGUGAAUGCUGGCUCGCCCACUAAUGUGCAGGCCUCGUCUGUGUACUCAGUGCCAGCCUAUAGCUCUCAGCCUUCCUUCUUUGCCGAGGCCACCUCACCAGUAAGCGCCUCCCCAGUGCCCGUGGCCAUUCCCACCUCUCCAAAGCAAGAAUCAGCCUCGACAUCUUACUUUGUGGCACCAAGGCCGAAGUUCUCAGCAAAGAAAAGUGGUGUCACAGUUCAGGUGUGGAAACCAUCUGUUGCGGAAGAGUAAUCUUGUAGCUGAAGCUGAGUGUCCACUUUGCUUGAAACGAAUUGUUUGCAGUGUUACUUGAGUCCCUGAGAAUGCCUAGCAAGUCCUCAACUUAAUUUAAUUUCAGAUGUCACCUCCCAAUCUGGGUCCAAGGAGAAUAUUUUUAAUGAGUCAAAAAUCUAACUCAGAUUGACUUAAAACAUAUUUAUCUUCUUUGCACACUUAAAAAGUCUGGGAGCACCCCUAAAUAGACAUGGGCCAUUAUAUUAAGUAAGCAGAUCCUUAGGGUUUAUGCUUUAGCCACAAAAAAACAGUGAUCAGUGUUAUCAACAUUAGGACACAGUCUUUAUGUAACAUAACAGCUGUGUUCCUACAGUGAAAAGGUUCAAAUGUAGUGAAAACAUAGCAUGUAUUGACUGACAUUUCCUUUUUAAGUAGUGCUUUAUCUCUAUUACUAGUAUUAAAGGAUAAGAAAUUUAUCGAGGACAGGGAUCAGCUCUGGUCUGUCAGCCUCAGCCACCUGUUUGAUGUUGCAGAGAAGGUACCUUGGGGACUGUUGGAAUGUACAUAGUUUAGUAAGGUAGGUAAGAAAGAGGGGAUUAAUAAUUACAGAGUACUUAUUAUGUACCAGGCUCCUUGCCAGAUGUUUUACAUAUAUUAGCUCAUUUCAGAAGACUUCUUUAAAGUAAACUGGAUGGGUAAGAAGGAUAAUUAUCCUUAGAGAUUGAUUCCCAUCCUCUCUCCCCAGUUACCUAAGAAAUUGAGUACAUCUCCAAUUGCCCAUGAAGGCAUAAGUUUGUUUUCCUCGCUGAGGCAAGUGGUAGAGUACAGUAAAAUGGAGUAACAUAUAAAAAGCUGAGCAGGCUGCAGCUAAAGGUACAUAUGGCUAUUGUUUUCCUUUGGGAAAUCCCAUGAUUGGGGCAUGAAGGGUUACUGAUUCCAGGGGCUGAUUGUGAAGCACAAGUAAUCCCAUGUGUGUGGAGGCCGUAGGGUGAGAACUCACAAUUAUUAGCAUCAUUUCUGAGUGACGUCACAGAUUUUUUUUUCUUGUGUUUGUUUUGCUUUCUGACGACUGCUUCUCCCACUGUUCCUUGCAAUUCUAUUCCUGCACCUUCACUUUAUUAUUUAUAUUUGAUGGACCAGGAGGAUUCAGACAAGGUUACCUUUAAAUUUGGAUUGGUCAUAUGCCAUGCCAUCAUCCAGCUGGCUCUGAAGUUAAUAAUGUUACUGACAGUAAACCUGAAGAACUUUCUCAUAUCUAUUUUAAGUCCAAGUCCGACCAACCAUGGAAAAUAUUCAACAUGAAUUAAUGUAGAGAACCACAAAGCAAUUUUUUUUUUUUUUGCGGUACGCAGGCCUCUCACUGUUGUGGCCUCUCCCGUUGCGGAGCACAGGCUCUGGAUGCGCAGGCUCAGCGGCCAUGGCUCACGGGCCCAGCCGCUCCGCGGCAUGUGGGAUCAUCCCGGACCGGGGCACGAACCCGUGUCCCCUGCAUCAGCAGGCGGACUCUCAGCCACUGCGCCACCAGGGAAGCCCCACAAAGCAUUUUUGACAGCUCCAAGGAAAACCAUCUACUCGAUACAAGAGACAUGUCUAGAGACCUCUCAUAAAAGCUUGCCUGGUGUGAGGGUACAUGGUACCAUUUUAAUCCUCUGAAAAUAUCUGUAUUCCUGUUCUUUUUCUGCUGUCACUGUCAAUCUGCUAUAUUUUCACUACCCUAUUAAAAUAUUACUUUCUUCUUUAAUCUGUUCAAUGUAUUAAAAAAAAAAUACUUCCCUGUAUGAGCUGUUCUGACCUAAGUCAUUUCUCUGAUAUUUCUCUUAUAUUGCUUCCCAAACAUCUGAAUUUCUUUUCUGUGAACAUUUCCAUUUCUCUGUACAUUGUAAAACUGCAAGUUGUAGGUAUUUGUAUGACAUAACACAGAGGAGAAUUAAGUCAGCUACAGAACAAUGGGGCUUAUUCUUCUGCUUUUUCUCUGGAAAAUCUUCCAUUGCUUUUGGUGGCAAUUUAUGUAGAGGUUAGAACCACAGGAUGUAGCUUGGCCUCUUAUUUGCCUUUUUGGGAAAUCAAUUAGGAAGAUUCAUACAGGAUAAAGGAAAAAGCAAUCUAUCCAUUAUAUAAGGCUAUUGUUUGUAUUACUUGUUCUUUGCAAAGGAAGUCUGUUGAAUGCUGUGCGUUUUGCAUUCUUUUCUAAUAGAACAACCAAAAAAGGCAUCUUAAGGUGAGGCAGGAAAGGAGAUCGUUUUUGUAACUUUGCAUUCUUAACAUAGCAUUUAAAGAACGGCAUGAAUUAGAGGGAAGAAAAUGGAACACAAAGUAGUCAAUUUGAGAUCACUGGUUCAACAGUAGCCUAGAAUGGUAAUGACCCACAAGUAUUUACAGUUGUCCAGUGGUUUGUGGUAUAUAGGAAUGAGAAGUGUUUGGGGUCCAUUUCCUGUUGGACAGGUGGCCAUCUUAUCAGAGCCACUGUUUGGAGCUGAUGACUAAAGACACAACUAACAUGACUGAGACGUCAUGGGGUUCCCAAAAAGCUUCUAAGAAGCAUGUCAGGCAUGCACUAAAAGCAUCCACAGCUUCGACUGGGAGCUGGUAGCACAGAUCUCAUCUGGAACCAUACAGUCCCAAAUUGUGGAAAAGGCAUGGGAAUCCUCCAAAAUUGUAUCCACAGCAGAGUCUAACCUCACCCUGAGAGAUGGGGGCUGGGAGGGAGAAGGACUGAGCUAGCUCCCUGGAGAAGGAGGGAUUUAUUUGCCUCUUCUCCCCAGCCGGGGAGCCCCGUGGGAGCUUGCAAGCAGAAUAAGCUGGGUGUACCACCUUUCAGGUUGGAGUUCUGGAAAUGAUGUCAGUGCAGCAGGUGGGAGACUUAGGACUCAUGACCUCAGCUUCCCUCCCACUGGGCACCCUUUGAAUUUGGGGUGUUGGCUUUGUUGUGGUGGCAGAUAUUCGGAUUGGUUGCUUGGCUAGUUUGAGGGUAUGGGGAGGCAGUUUUUGUUUAGUUUAGGACCUUGCCUUUAUCUUUGUCCUUUGUUAGCUUAAUUUCUAGGUACAGCACCCCACCCAUGAAGUCCAGUUGUUAUCGUCAACACAAUAGCAAUGAUCAUUUACUGAGUGCUUGCGUUAUGAUAGGUGCCUUAUAUACAUUAUCCUAAGGAAUCCACUGCAUGGUUAACAGGCAUUGGAAUAUAAAAUAAAAUGUAAUCACAGUCACUCACUUACUGCAGGACCUUAUGCAAAUUUCUUUCUACCAGUGUCCCCUUAGUGAUGUCUCAAACCUCUCUUCCUGGAAUGUUGUGCCAUAGUGAAUGUGAACAACACUAGAUAUACUAGGAAGAAAGGUGCUAUGUAAAUGUAAGUAUACAUAUUCCUCUCAGUCUUAUAGGAGGGCAGAUUGAAUCACAGAACUGGUAAGAUUGAGAAUCUGAGCACUGCCGCUUUGAUCUUAGAACAGUUACAGUCUUAUUUCUAACAUUUCAAUAAUAAACACAUUCUGCUUUGAGAGAGGAAAAUCACACAGUUUCUGCAUUUUGACUAUUCAUUGAUAGUAUAAAGCAUACAUUUUUAGGAAUAUGUUUUAUAAGACACAUUGGGGCUGUCAUUCUGGAACAUGUAAAAUUUUGUACUUCAAAAUAUAUCUAGCACGAUUGUUAAUGAUUACAUGUACCUCAUUUAAUCUUCACAAGAAGCAACUCAUUUUAACCACAGGAAAACUGACUGAGUUACAGUAGUUCUUGAGAGUAAGCCAGGAUUCUUUAACUCUUCUAGAUAGUGCUGACCCCUUUCAAAAAGUGGGUUUCAUAGGGCAACUGAGUAUUAUCACACAGUUGAAUUCUAGCCUGGCCACAAGAGUCACAUCUGAGAUGUCAAGAACAAAUAAUCUGCAUUUAAAGGGAGUGGACUAAGUGAUGUGGGGCCAUUGUUUUGUUUACAGUUACUAGCUUAAAAAAUUUUGAAGGCUCUUUGCUGCUGACAGGCAUAUCAAACAUUCAGAAUGCAGCACUUUCACAGACGUUUCUUGAGAGCACAAGACACAUGGCUGUUAGUGUCUGAGUUUGGAUUUAAUCUUUCAAACAGAAGUCCCUUGCUGUGUAUCAUUUCAUCCAGUUGCAAAUUUGAGAACCUGCAAGCACCCAAAUUCAGAGAGUGAAUUCCUGAAAUCCAUUGCUAUUUUAUGAGUCAUCACUGGCCUGGCAGGAAGGGUAUUUGAAGUCAUGAUCAUCAAAAAGAAGUGAUUGUUUUCUGAAAAGCUAAACGCUUAAAAUGCUUCCAGAGGGAAGCAGUGGGCUGUGUUCUCAUUCCCUCCUAAAAUCACAGUUGUUGAGUUUGUUUUAAAAAUUGUUAAAAGUUCAUGAGAAAAAUAUGUAAAUUCUAAGAGCCAACAUUAUAUUCCCAGAAGCACUGACCCUUGCUGGUCUCAUAUCCCCGUAUCACUGGACUCUGGGGGACCCAAAGACUCGUGUAACACUUCAGUGCCGCUGAGUUUGUCAACAAGUAUUCUGGGAAAAAGCAGAAAUGAAUUCUUCUCUAGACUUCCCACCAGGAUUGGCCAAAGGCCAUAAAGCAAGCUAGUAAAUUCCCACAGGACCCAAACACCAGGCAAAAUUGCUAAAAGAGGCCAGUCUGAGUUUAAAAAAAGGAAAAAAAUUACAGGCCAUCCUGUGGAGCAUCAGACCAAUAAAAACCAGGAGCCCCCAAAUCAGACUAUUCUUUCCUUGAUGUUAUCAGGUACAGCCAAUUUCUUAAAUUAAAAAAAAAAAAUUUAAUGUUUCUAUGGUAUGUAUAUUUGUACACUAAAUUACCAUUUGGCACUUGGAAAUCAUAGACCUCACUACUCAGAAGCAAUUGAGUGAAGAGAAAUUUAAUUUUAAAAUAUCAAAUCCUGUCAGAUUCCUGAUUUUAUCAGAACUAUGCCAGCUAAUAAAGUAUUUCUCAAGUACAAAAAAAAGUUAGACUUCUACAGGGUCCUAUAGUUUAAAUAAUUGUUUGUUAUUGAUACACAGAAUUUCUUAAAUUUUCAUUUUUUGGUUCUAAAUGUAA